CUUAACGCAUGACACCAGUUAGUUUUUCAGUUUUUCUUCUUCAAACCUUCUUCGCAUAACCGUCACACAUUCUUCUGCUCUAACAAAACGACUUCAAUGGGCGUCGUACGGACAGACGAGAGCCGGAGAUCUGAGAUAGAAGAGUUCCGCCGUAUGCUACUGUCCUGCUCCGCCGUCGUCGUUAAGGUCAGUACGGAAGACGAGCGCAAUCUCCGGCGACUGACGUCACGUAACCGAAACGAAUAUACGGUAAAUCAGAAGCUCGUUUGCGUCACCAGCGGCGUCUCGUUUCUCGGAAUCGCUAUCGUGAAACAGCUCGUGCUUAGAGGAUAUUCCGUUCGAGUUAUUGUUGAUAACGAAGAAGAUAUAGAUCGGUUAAGAGAGAUUGAAGUUUCAGAAGAUAUCGAAACUUCAUCAAGGAUUACAAACAACAAUCGGAUAGGAGUCGUUGUAGCAAAAUUCAACGAUUGCCAGAGCUUAAUGGAAGCUUUUGACGGAUGUUAUACGGUGUUUCACACAACUUCUUUCAUUGAUCCAAGCGGAUUCUCCGGUUACUCCAAAGCCAUGGCGGAAAUAGAAGCAAAGGCAGCUGAAAAUGUAGCAGAAGCCUGUGCAGCAACUCCAUCUGUUAGAAACUAUGUGUUUACAUCUUCUCUACUGACAUGUAUAUGGAGAGACACUUCCAAUAGCAGCCUCUCCCCUAUAGUAGACCACAAUAGCUGGAGUGAUGAAUCCUUUUGCACUAGCAAAAAACUAUGGUAUGCAUUGGGUAAGUUAAAAGCCGAACGGGCCUCAUGGCGAAUAGCCGAGGAAACGGGGUUGAAAUUGAGCACAAUAUGCUCGGGUCUCAUCACGGGCCCUCGCUACUUCUGUGCAAAUCCAUCAUCCACCAUCGCAUACCUCAAAGGUGGUCAAGAUAUGUAUGAACAUGGUUUGUUAGCAACGGUUGAUGUUAACAAACUAGCAGAGGCGCACGUAAAGGUGCACGAGGAGAUGAACAAAACUGGUGGUGGGCGGUAUGUUUGUUUUGACGAAGUUGUGCGUAGCCCUGACGAGGUUCACAGACUAGAACAAGAAACGGGACUUCACAUAAACACUGUCUCACAUGAUAAUGUAUUUAGAUUCGAACUGUCGAAUAGAAAGCUUGAUAAGUUGAUGUCCCAAGUGCAUAGAUGCACGAGUGUAUGUUAGCGUGUUGGGAUUUAGAUUUUAAAUGUCGCCUUUUGUAUUAGAUGAUGCGAUUUUACCAUGGUAAACUGAGUGUUGCGACUA